AUCAAAAACAUAUAUCAAGUUCCAUUUUUUCUUAACAAUCAGUUAUAGCAAAUGGGUUCCAAGACAAUUCUUCUACUUGGCCUUCUGGCUAUGGUUCUUCUCAUUGCAUCAGAAGUGUCAGCCCGGGAAUUGUCUCAGACUUCCACCGAUAAGGAGGCCGAGAAGACAAAUGGGGUUGAAGAAUCCAAGUAUGGAGGUGGAAAUGGAGGAUACCCUGGUGGCGGUUACCCCGGCGGUGGAUAUGGAGGAAAUCACGGUGGGGGUUAUGGAGGAAAUCGCGGUGGGGGAUAUGGAGGAAAUCGCGGUGGUGGAGGAGGCUACUGCCGUCAUGGCUGCUGUGGCCAGAAACAUUACGGAGGGGGUUGCAGGUGCUGUACAUAUGCUGGUGAGGCAGUGGAUGCUGAACCUGAAGCCAAGCCUCACAACUAAAACCAACCUAAGAAAUGCAGUGUUUUUUUAACGUUGUUGUAUCUUACGUACGAAUAAGAGGAUGAGUGAUGUACAGUAUCCAUUUAUUGUGGAUCGUUUGUAUCAGUUCUACCUCAGCUGUGUGAGUUAAAAUACUGCAAUAUUAUGCUUUGUUUUGCAUGGAUUUGUA